AUGCCGCCAAAGCACGCCAACCAAAAGGGCAAGCUGCAAUCGAGCACAGAGGUUGCCUUCAGGCCACCGUCACCAAACGUAUUUCUAUAUGUGCAGCUGGCUCAUGUUGGUCAACUGCCAGACAUUCAAUAUCCACUGGAAAUGCAUUUGGAUCAAGGCGGAAGUCUAAUUGUCAAGUGUGUGGAGAACUACAAUACCGAGGGCAUCAUUGCCCAAGAUGAGUUCACCACCAAGCCCACGUUUACAUUGAUAUUUCAGCAGGAUAACCUCGAUCAAAUCAAUCAAGCUGCCGAUAAUCCACUGCUUAUUAAAUUAUACAUGUGCAAGAUAGAAGAGGUCACUUAUGAGGAAGAGGCUGAUCUGGGAUUGGAGAACGAAACGUCGGAUUUAUUAACGCUGCUGCUGGACAAAGUUGAGGAAACCCAAACGGAUUACUAUGAGCCAAGAGUUGAAAUGGUUUUGCUAUCCAUGGGGUAUUUGGAUAUUAUCAAGUUAUUCGGUCAUCAUCGCUGCAUGAUGCGUGAGGAACUCUUACUUUAUCCAGUGCCCGAGUGCCCAAUGGAUCUGCGCUACACAAUGCACACCGAGUGGCAUCUCUAUACGCUGGUGCCCAUUGCCAAAGAGGUUACAUUCACCAAUAUGGGUUUCAUCACAUUCGAGUCCAUCUACAACCUGAAGGAAGAGUAUACGCUCGAUCUGCAAACCCUCAAUGUUCAGUUGAGCUUUCGCUCAGUGUUGCCCGUAAAUCGCCAGGAAUACCAUAUGAUACCGUGGUGCAGCUUCACGAAGUGCAAUCAAGACUGCAUUGCGACACAAGAUAAUCAUCAUGUAUUUGAAUUCUUUCGGAAUAGUAUGUCUCAUAAUUCCUGCCCGGGACUCCGAUCCCCAAUGUCGGUGCAAAUGCAUCAGCUUUUCUCUCGGCUAAUGCGCUCGGAGAAUAUGAACGUGGAUUUUGACUUGAUCAAACCGAAUGAGGAUUUUGCCCUUGUUUUUAACUCAUUUCAUCGCUUUAUUUUGACUGAAAAGCUUUCCUAUAUACUGUUCACUGCCAUCGCUCGAAAGCGUUACGUGAUUGCAGUUGAUGUUUGGAAUAUGGCCGAAAUUGAGAAAAAAGUUGGGAAGAAGAUCGUAAAGAAAAUUGGCAAUCAGAAAAUAUUCUCGGGCGUUUUAGAUCCAGCUGUUCUACUCUUCCCGGGCGUGCAAAAGCUUCGUUUUGCCGUGGAGCUAAAGUAUCUGGGCACAAGGAAGAAGUUACCCAAGAUAAAAGCACUAGAUGGAAGCGUGUCUUCGAACGGCCAUAAAACCGAUACUCGAUAUUCGGCAUAUUCGGAUCCGGCAUUGAGCACAUUUGCGAUUAUUCAAAUUUGUUUGCUGGCACCGCUGGGCGAGUUCUUCCCGGAGCUGAAGAUCUUCCGCGAAAGUUUCAUUAGCCAAAAUCGUUUGCUCUUUUGUCACGGUCAUUUGAUGGACCCAAAGCCCGUGCAGCUAAGGGAUAUCCAGCACAAUGCCUAUUCACGAUUUGAUCAAUAUAUGCGGAAUAUGAUACAUUUUAUUGUCGAGAAAAAAGUGCAUUCUGUGGAGGAAAAGCGCGGCUAUUUCUGUUGUGCUCUCCAAAAUCUGAUCAACAUACUGCUCAAAGUGGUGGGCUGUGAUUUUAAUCAGCGCGAAAAAACCACCAACAAUGUGGAGUUUUCAAAUUUGUGCGCCAUUGCCUACAAUGAGCUGGAGUUGCGUGUUCACAGUCUGCUGGAAAAGAUCGAAGAUGAUGGUUUGGAUGACCUAAUCGCGGAUAGUGAGGAAAAGAUUGAAUCUCUAAUCGAUCAUAUGAAUUCAAUUAAACUCUUGAACGCUGUUGGGGAUAAACAUUUGGCAGAUUAUUUUUAUGAAGAGGUAUUUUACUUUAACCGGGCAAAGAAUACCACUGGCAAUCUCUUUGAAUUCUUUGACUUAAUCGCCAAGAUGGAGCGAGGCGAAUACGCAUCGGCCAAAACCUACUUUGAAUCGAAAAAAUUGCUAUCUGAAGCUCAUCAGUACUUUACCGGUUGGAUACGCGUUUAUCUUGACUAUCUAGCCACACGCGAUGAUCCUAAUCCGGAGACAACGGCCAAAGCCACAGAGUGUCUGUUGAAUAGCAUUACUAAAUGUGCGGAGCGUUAUAAAAAGGAAUUGGAUGGUUGGAUACUGCUCUAUUGUUACUACAAGCAUUUCAAUUAUCCUCCUGGAUAUUCGUUUGCACGCUGGCAUUUGGAAGAUAAAUUAAAACAUCAGAGGAGUAUCACCGCCUCGGCGCCAUUAAGUUUGUUUGGCAUUUCUAUGCGUCUACGUCCAAAAUUUGAGCAUCAGCGCAGUCGCACUUUGUUCGAGUCCUUUAGGAUGUUUGUGCGCUUGGGUCUAUAUGAGUUCGCUCAGGUGAUAUUUCAGGAGAUGCAGCAGGACUGGAGCAAGCCGGAAAUCUAUAUGAUUGGCACCCAGCUGAAAAUACUGCUUAAUCAGUUGGAUGAAGACUUUGAGGUCACGACAUUUAGCUUUGAGGAUAACAGUGAGAGGAACCUGUUGGUUAGCUUUAAUGCUCAAAUAAAUGGCAAUGUGGAAUAUCAUCGCGGUAAUUUUGAAAUGGCAGCCGAAUACUAUGCAGUCAAUAUCGAUCAUUCAGAAUCUUCUGCAACCAAUCCUGAUCACUUUAUGCUGAGCAAAAUGCGACAUGCAUAUUUGACUUUUGAUGCUGGCAACUAUCAGCAAACCAUCGAUGCACUGCGCCAUUUUAACGCGGGUAAACUACUUUCACUGGUCAAGAGUUAUUUGAUGGGCAAGGCAUACUACAAACUGAAGGAUCUUAAUAAGGCCACGGAGUGUUUUGUUAACUGCACUACAUUCGGUGCACAUGUGCCCAAUGUUUGGGGUUUUCUUGCACUAAUCAAUCUACAAAUGGGCAACAAUUUAAAUGCGCUCUCAUGCUGGAAACAUGCCAGAAUCGAUCCAACGAAAUGUAUUACAGACGAGAUUAUCUUUGCUGAACUUGACAUGAUUGACGUUGACAUCGUGGAUCUAUAUAUAGAUGGACCUAGUCUCGACAAUAGUGCAUCGUCACUUUUGGAAGACAGUGAUACUUAAAGUACAUCAUAUAUUAUGUGUAUAAUUUUGUAAAUGGCUUCGAAAACAAUAUGUGUUAGAA